UUCGUUCCGGAGCUAUUAGGCCUACGCACAAAACCGUUUGAGUACAGCUCCACGCUGAUUUAGGAUCUUAUUUUGACCCUUUUUGACUGCAGAAAGAAGACAUUAAUUUAAGUUUAAAGCUUUGUUUUUGCUUUCGCUAAUUUCUUUUUUUAUUCAAGGCGGAACAUGAAGAUCAAACGACAGAAACAAGCCAAGAAAACGAUUAGCUUCUACAAAUACAACUUCAGCUUCAGGGAACCUUUUCAGAUCCUCAUUGACGGGACUUUUUGUCAGGCGGCGUUGAAGAAUAAAAUUCAGAUUAAAGAGCAAAUGCCGAAAUAUCUAAUGGGUGAGGUGCAGCUGUGCACCACAAAUUGCGCUCUGAAAGAACUCGAUACUCUCGGAAAACAGCUUUAUGGAGCCAAAAUUAUUCUGCAGAGGUUCCAGCUGAGGAAAUGUGCUCACUUCAAGGACCCGGUUCCUGCGUCAGAGUGCCUGCUGUCCAUGCUGGAGGACACAAACCCGCACCAUUACUUUGUUGCCACGCAGGAUCAUACGGUGACUGCAGGCCUGAAGAAGAUUCCAGGUGUUCCUCUGCUUUACAUCAUCCUCAACACCAUUGUGCUGGACAAGCCCAGCCAGGCGUCCCUCAGUCAUGUCCAGGCCGUCCAGAUGGGAGAGCUGGUGAGCCCUGCUCAGCAGAAGAGCAUCCAGAGCAUGAAACAGGAGCAGGGCAUCAGCAGCAAGGACGGAGAGAGCCGGGGCAGGAAGAGGAAGAGGAAACAGAGCAACCCCAACCCUCUGAGCUGCCUCAAGAAGAAGAAGAAGAAAGGAGCACCCACACCCCCUCUGAAAAAAACAGAACCGGGGGAGAAGAGAAAAAGAAGCAGACACAAGAAGCAGAGGACAGCGGGGGACCGAACAGCCACUCCCACCGGGACAAAUACUGAAUGAAGCAGAAAAAUGAGCCGUUUUUUCUAGGAAAAAAAAUCCCAGAAGAUUCUUGGACAAUUCAGAAUAAAAGAUUUUACUACAAGAGUAUUUUCCAAAAUUACUCCCAAAAUUUUUAAACGACCUUUGGAAAAGUGGGUUGUUGUUUUUUUUUCUUUUCCUUUGCUCGGAUACAAAAUUAACAGGCAAGCUCACAGACACAUAUUUCAAAGCUGCCGACAGUUCAUUAGAAAAUCAAUCCUCUCAACUCCGGAGGCACAAAAGGAUGUGGACUCACUGAAUUACCCCAAAAAAAUGAAAUAUGAACAUCAUACUCUGUCAUACUGAUGGUUAUCAAACAAAAUCCAUUCUUCAUUCAUCUUCUUCCGUUUUGUCCCUUUCGGGGUCAUGGGGCUGCUGGAGCCUAUCCCAUCCACUUAUGGGCGAAGGCAGGGGGCACCCUGGACAGGUCGCCAGUGUGUCGCAGGGUAGAGCGUCCACAAUCACACACCUAGGGACAAUUUAGAUGAACCUAUAAAGCAUGUUUUUGGACAGUGGCAGGAAGCUGGAGAAAACCCACACAUACAUGGGGAGAUCAUGCAAACUCCACACAGAAAGGCUUGAUGUUCUGGUUCAUGUCCCCCAGCCGGGACUUGAACCGGGGGCCUUUUUGCUGUGAGGCAAGAGCGCUAACCACUGCAGCCACAGAAUCCAUUGUGUCUUUUGUAUGAUGAGCUAAUGUCCACUCAUGACUAACGCUUUAAAAUAAAAUAAAAACAUCAAAUUUU